GACGCGCAAAUGAAGGCCGCAAGUCCGCAUAAAUUGUGCCAUUUGGGACCUGGCCUAUAAAUGCCUUCGGGCGGUAGAGAACUUCACGCGCACGACGCUUGCAUGAGCUGAGGCGGGGCGGAGCUCUUGAGCGGUGAGGCGAGUACCCUGAGCUGCAAAUUUGGCUUCUGGUCACUCACUGUUUCAAUGAACAGUACAAUGGCUGCAUUGUCGAACAGGAUCAUGCUGGGCCCCCUCGUAGGUGCUAUCGACCAAGGCACGAGUUCCACACGUUUUCUUGUUUUCAAUGCAAAAACAGCAGAGCUUCUAAGCCACCAUCAGGUUGAGAUUAAUCAGAGUUUUCCUAAAGAAGGCUGGGUGGAGCAGGAUCCAAAAGAGAUUCUUCAGUCAGUGUAUGAGUGCAUGGACAGGACCUGUGAGAAACUGACCCAGCUAAACAUUGACAUCUCCAACAUUAAAGCCAUUGGUGUGACCAAUCAGCGGGAAACCACCCUUGUUUGGGACAAGGAAACUGGUGAACCACUUUGCAAUGCUAUAGUUUGGCUUGAUCUGCGGACCCAGUCAACAGUUGAGAGACUCAUCAACAAAACUCCAGGCAGGAACAAAAACCAUCUCAAACACAAGACGGGCCUCCCCAUCAGCACUUACUUCAGCGCAGUGAAGUUACGCUGGCUGAUGGAUAAUGUGGAAGAGGUGCAUAAAGCUGUGCUGUCCCACCGGGCCAUGUUUGGAACUGUUGAUUCCUGGCUUAUCUGGAGCCUGACAGGGGGAAAGAAGGGAGGUGUACAUUGCACAGAUGUGACCAAUGCCAGCCGGACCAUGCUCUUCAAUAUUCUUACACUGGACUGGGAUCCUGAACUCUGCACAUAUUUUGAUAUACCAAUGGAAAUUCUGCCAAAAGUGAGAAGUUCUUCAGAGAUCUAUGGUUUAAUGAAAAUCAGCUCUAAUUUGAAAUCUGGCCCUUUAACUGGUGUCCCCAUAUCAGGGUGUCUUGGCGACCAGUCUGCUGCACUAGUUGGACAAAUGUGCUUCAAGGAUGGACAAGCCAAAAAUACUUAUGGCACUGGUUGUUUCCUGCUUAAAAAUGUAGGAACCAAGCCUGUAAUGUCAGACCAUGGCCUUCUGACAACGAUUGCUUAUCAACUAGGGCGUGACAAGCCAGCCUGCUAUGCACUAGAAGGUUCUGUUGCCAUUGCUGGGGCAGUUGUGCGCUGGUUAAAGGAUAACCUUGGAAUCAUCCAGACUUCCACAGAACUAGAGAAAUUAGCCGCUGACGUUGGCACAUCGUAUGGCUGUUAUUUUGUCCCUGCAUUCUCUGGAUUAUAUGCUCCAUACUGGGAACCAAGUGCUAGAGGAAUCAUCUGUGGUUUGACACAGUUCACCAAUAGGAGUCAUUUGGCUUUUGCAGCACUCGAAGCUGUCUGCUUCCAGACACGGGAGAUUCUGGAUGCGAUGAACCAGGAUAGUGGGAUUCAUCUGUCUCAGCUCCAGGUUGAUGGAGGCAUGACAUCCAACAGGCUACUGAUGCAGCUGCAGGCCGACAUACUAUGUAUCCCAGUCGUAAAGCCAUCCAUGCCAGAGACCACAGCUCUGGGUGCUGCCAUGGCAGCAGGAGCAGCAGAGGGUGUCAGUGUGUGGAGCUUAAACCCAGAAGAUCUCACAGAGGUCACUUCAGAGAAAUUUGAACCUCAAAUCAACCCAGAGGAGAGUGAGCUCCGAUAUGCUCGCUGGAAAAAGGCUGUCCAGAGGGCUAUGAACUGGGAAACCACAGAGCCAGUAAACAAUGGAGAUGAGGAGAAUAGUAUCUUCAGUAGUGUACCCUUGGGCUUUUACAUUCUGGGUAGCAUGUUUAUGUUAAUUGGAGCAAAGUACAUUGCAGGGCAAAAAUAGACUUGAAUCCCUCUGCAUUUUAGAAGAUGGGAGACAAAGUCAGAGGAACAAGAGAGGGCCCAUGGCAUACUCUUCAAACUCAAGAUGUAGUGGUCUUGACUAUGCCCCCUUCUAAAGGCAUUCCAACUGAAAUAGAAGCUGGUAAUGCUUAGAGCUGACAUUGUUCCUCAAAAUGAUCCAUGAAGAAAUGUCUGGAUAGGUAGCAGAAAUUUAUUUUUAUUGACCAUAAUUGGUAACAUCAUCAAUAUUUAUGUUAUGUUGCUGAACCUGCAGAGCAUAUACUAUAGUAUACCUGGACUAUUCAACAUAAGGAUCUCUCCACUUGUUGUUGUUGUUGUUGCAAUGACACACUUUUUCUUGUGCUUUGUCUGUACAGUAAAUUCUUAUGGAACUAUCAUUGGUGGUAAGUGCUCUCAGGUGUGCUAAUCAAUCCUUGUCAAAUUCGAUUAUGGGGUAAGCUUUCGCACUAUACUUGUGUGAGCUUGGUGUUAUUUUACAAGCUUAGAAGAUACACUGUUAGUUGUACAAUUUAGGAAUAACUCUUUAAAAAAAAUGUUUAGUAAACAACAGCUUUAGUGCACUUUUAUAAUGUGUUAUGCUGUUUUGUGUUUAAACAGCAAGGGAAUGGUACAAUCUCAUGUAAAUAAUGUAGUAAUGUUUUUUUCCUCCUAAAUAUUUCAAAUGCAUUUGUCAGUUGAAUCACAAGAUUUUGUUGACGAUACACUUGACAAAAAUACUGUGCAUAGAAAUUUUAGUCAAGUUAACCAAUCUAAAACACUGUGGCCUUGCUGAUAGAAGUUGCACUGCUGCGUAGAUUCAGGCAUCAACAUUUUUACUUCCAUGACACUUGAGCAGUAAAAGGCAACUUCUAUAAGCCCAGGAAGAACUACUGACAAUACUGAACCAACAAACUGUUUUGUCUUAUUUUUGGUCAAGUCACUCUCUGAAAUUGUGUAUGUAAAUUACUGUGCAGCAAAAAACUUUUUUUUUAUGUGCACUUUGAUCAAAUGAAUUAUAACAAGUAUUUCCAUUCAGUAGCAGCAACUGAUUCCUGAUUACAUUUUUAACUCAAAAGGGAAUAUUUGGAACCUACUUUUCUCAAAUACUUGACACUUGUGUAAAUGAAAUCACAUAAGAUGUAAGACAAUGAAGAAUAUAUAACUGCAUUUGGUUGGAAAAAACAGAUGAAGGAUAUAUUUUUAUUUUUUUGUGAAAGUUUUUAAAAAUGUGAUUGCCAAGUUAUUAGUGCAAUAAAAUUAUGCUCUUAUUUGCAUUAUAAAGAGCCAACCAUUUUUUGUGACAUAAGGACAAUAAUGUAACAAAUUAUUGUGUAACAAACAAGUAGCCAGUAUUAAACUUUAAUUUAUAUUUUAUCAUCUCUGUAUAUGGCUCUUUUUGUUAUUAUUAUUAAACGGACAAUAAUUUGCAUAAAUGGAGAUAUCAGAAAUACUUGUAAAGUAUAAUUUGUAUCGCAGAUGUUUUGUUUUUUGUUUUAAUUAAAAGCUGUGAUGUUUACA